CGUCCCAAGAAUGCGUUCAUUCUCUUUCGACAAGCGAAACAGCUGGAGGUGUUGAUUGGUUCCUCUUCAAUCAUCCCUAACCGUGAAGUGUCCCGAGAAUUGGGCCGCCGGUGGCGUAAUUUACCGUUUGAGGAGAAACAAAUCUGGCUCAAGCUCGCAGAGGAGGAGAAAAAAGCUCACAAUUUGAAAUACCCCGACUACAAAUAUCAACCUAAGAAG